CCUGCCCGGGACUGAGCCCUGCUAAAGCCCGGUGGGUCCUCCCGCCGAGGACAGGUAGGGGCCCCCCUUCCCCUCCCCUCCCCUCCUUCUGGAAUUGGACAUGGCCCAAGUCCCAGAAGAAGCCUUCGCCACAGGCCCCCGCAUUGGGGCCGGAAAAGGGGCAGAAAAGUGCUAUUGUGUCAUGAGUGUAGUUUUCGAGGAAAGCACCCUGUUCGGGGUGCAGUCCUGUGUCCCUUUAGGCAGAAGUAAUGCAUGCACCUCUCGGCGUUCCCCCGCCAGCGCAGAAGUCCUACGACGGCAUGGCUGUGCAGGGCGCUCCAGGAAUUGUCCCAACUAUGUGACCUCUUGGUAGACAGUUUUUCACUGGUCAUGGCUUCCCCAUCUCUCAAGUGCCAGCCCUCAGAAAGCCUAGCUAUGAACUGAGAAAUGGUAAAUUUUUCUGGUUUGCUGGAAGAAUGGGAAAAUCGAGUGCAUGGUGCUAUAUAAAAAUCGGUGUUGCAUGAAGGUUUUGGCCAGUUGAGCGAGUCAAGGAAGCAUAUGCUUGCUUGUAGAGGUGAUAUGUCCAUCCAGAGUUAAGGAGCAGGCUUGGUCUCCCCAUUACAUCAACAUUGAUACUGUGUUACAAAAUCGCUGGUUUUUUGCCCUUGAACUAAUUAUAUACCUCAUAUUUGCUCUCUCCUCCAGGAGAAGAACUAUGUAUCGAGGGUUAUUGAGAGAGCUAGAGCGUGUUUGCGCAUAGCGGGCCUGUUUGCUUGUGUAUGUAGUUGUUCUUUCUGUUGUCAACAAAUUGCACUAGAAGUGUGUGUUAAAGGCAGUAAGCUGCUGAAAGUGGUAAAAUGACACACUCAAAAUAUAUGCGUCCUGUUAAUAGUUAGAAAGGGAACUGUGGAAUUUGCUAUAAAGGCAAAAUCUGGAAAAAAAAAGUCCCAAGUGCCUUUGUUAUCUCAGCUAUGGAUUCAGUAGAAGUUCUCAGCAAGUCACUCUUUGUUACCUCCAUCAGCAUACUUUUAAAAAUUAGUAUUCACACUUUUAUGCCAUAGCUGUUUACAAAAAGUAGCACAAUACAGAAUUAGAUUUAGAAAUCGGCACCAUCAGUCUGUUUGCAUAGGGUCUGUGGCAAACCCAUAGUAUGCAACCUGUUGGUAUUUAUGAUGAAAAUUAACAGCAAAUGCCACACGAACAGAAGAAAAACUAUUAAAUGAAGUACCAGCUCUUAACAUACCUUCUCUUGCCUGGCCUUUAUUCAGUUUACAGGGGUGGUCAGCGGGAUCCAUGCGCAAAUCAUCAGAACUGCCUUAUGCCCUGAAUUCAUUUGGAAUCUAAUGACGCACGUUCAGAUUUGGCAUGCUGGAUUUAAUCUAAUUUGUUUAUGUUUGGAAAAUGUGAUGAUUAAAAUAUAUGAUGAUCAAGCUGAUUGGUGUAUCCAUUAUGUUAGCAAUUAAUUUUAUGAACCAAUAUAUUUCUUGAAAUGGAAAUGCAUUCAGUGGAAGAAUUCAGUUGCAGUAAAUAUUCUGAUCUUGUAAUGUACAGAGUAUUUUCCAAAAGUUGUGGAAUGAUUCCCAUUCUGCAAAAGGGAAGCUGGGGCUAGAAGAGAGACUUAACCAAGAUCCCACAGAAGGGGCCGAAAGAAGGAAUGGUCCUAUACCGCUUCCCAAGAGCACAACGGUGCUAGCCAGAAAGCAGAAUUGUAUGGUGUACCUGAUCUGUGUGUGUAGGUUUUGCUUGUUUGUUUAUUCUUUUAGAACCCUAAACAAGUUCUGAAUCUUCCACUUCAGAUCAUCUGAAUGAAAUGUAGCCCUAUUUAAUUUAAAAUACUUGUGGACCACUUUCUAGGAAAUGCUAUGAACAAAAACAAUACAAAAAUGGACUUAAAUUCUGCAAGAUGAUCCUCUCCAACCCAAAGUUUGCUGAACAUGGAGAGACAUUGGCUAUGAAAGGGCUGACCUUGAAUUGUUUAGGAAAGAAAGAAGAAGCAUAUGAAUUUGUCCGUAAAGGGCUUCGCAAUGAUGUAAAAAGUCAUGUGUGUUGGCAUGUUUAUGGCCUCUUGCAGCGCUCUGAUAAAAAAUAUGAUGAAGCUAUUAAAUGCUAUCGAAAUGCUCUGAAAUUAGAUAAAGACAAUCUUCAAAUCCUAAGAGAUCUUUCACUGUUGCAGAUUCAAAUGAGGGAUCUUGAAGGAUACAGAGAGACCAGGUACCAGCUGCUCCAGCUGCGGCCCACCCAGAGGGCCUCGUGGAUUGGCUAUGCCAUUGCCUACCAUUUAUUAAAAGAUUAUGAUAUGGCCUUAAAGCUACUGGAAGAGUUUAGAAAAACGCAGCAGAUUCCUCCUAAUAAAAUUGACUAUGAGUACAGUGAAUUAAUAUUGUACCAGAACCAAGUGAUGAGAGAGGCAGACCUGUGUCAAGAAUCUCUGGAGCAUGUAGAAACUUACGAGAGACAAAUCUGUGAUAAGCUCAUGGUGGACGAGAUCAAAGGAGAAGUCUUGUUGAGGCUCGGAAGACUAAAAGAGGCUUCGGAAAUAUACAGAGAGCUGAUUGAUCGGAAUGCAGAAAAUUGGCACUACUACGAGGGCUUGGAGGAAGCUCUGCAGCCAUACACUUUAGAAGAGAGACUAGCAGUAUAUGAAGAAAUAAGCAAGAGACAUCCAAGAGCAGUUUCACCUAGACGAUUGCCUUUAAACUUUGUCACAGGUGAAAAAUUUAGAGAACUAAUGGAUAAGUUCCUGAGGGUAAACUUCAGUAAAGGCUGCCCACCCUUGUUUACCACUUUGAAAUCUUUAUAUCAUGAUACAGAGAAGGUUUCUUUAAUCCAAGAGCUUGUUACUGGUUACGAAGCCUCUUUGAAAACAUGUGACUUGUUUAGUCCAUAUGAAAAUGGAGAGCGCGAGCCCCCGACAACGCUGCUUUGGGUUCGUUAUUUCCUUGCACAGCACUUUGACAAACUUGGUCAGUUUUCCUUGGCUUUGGAAUAUAUUAAUUCUGCAGUUGCAAGCACUCCAACGCUAAUAGAGUUGUUCUAUUUGAAAGCAAAAAUUUAUAAGCACGUCGGCAAUCGCAAGGAGGCAGCCAAAUGGAUGGACGAAGCACAGUCUCUGGACACGGCUGACAGGUUCAUCAACUCCAAAUGUGCGAAGUAUAUGCUCCGCACAGAUAUGGUGAAGGAUGCAGAGGAAAUGUGCUCCAAGUUCACAAGGGAAGGAACUUCUGCCAUGGAGAAUCUCAAUGAAAUGCAGUGCAUGUGGUUCCAGACGGAGUGUGCUCUAGCCUUUCAGAGAUUAGGGAAAUACGGAGAUGCCUUGAAAAAGUGCCACGAAGUAGAGAGGCACUUUUUUGAGAUCACGGACGAUCAGUUUGACUUCCACACCUAUUGCAUGAGGAAGAUGACUCUGCGUGCCUAUGUUGACCUCUUGCGCUUGGAAGAUGUUCUCAGGAAACACGCCUUCUAUUUCAAGGCUGCCCGGUCAGCGAUUGAGAUUUAUCUGACGCUGCACGAUAAUCCACUAGCCAAUGAAAGCAAAGAGCAAGAAGUAAAUUCAGAAAACCUUUCUGCCAAAGAACUUAAGAAAAUGCUUAGUAAGCAAAGACGAGCACAGAAGAAAGCUAAACUCGAAGAAGAAAGAAAGCAUGCGGAAAGAGAGAGACAGCAGAAGAAUCAGAAGAAGAAACGGGACGAGGAAGAGGAGGAAACCAGUGGUCCCAAGGAAGAGCUAGUUCCUGAAAAACUGGAAAGGGUUGAUAAUCCAUUAGAAGAAGCUAUUAAAUUCCUUAUACCACUUAAGAAUCUUGUGGCAGAUAACAUAGACACGCAUCUGUUAGCAUUUGAAAUCUAUUUUAGAAAAGGAAAGUUUCUGUUAAUGUUGCAGUCGGUUAAAAGAGCUGUCGCGAUUGACAGUAAUAACCCGUGGCUACAUGAAUGUUUGAUCAGAUUCUCAAAAUGUGUGUCUGAUCACAGUAAUUUGCCAGAAAUUGUGAACAAAGUCCUAACCCAAGAAAUGCAGAAGAUCUUUACUAGUAAAUAUUUGGAAAGUUUUAAUGAAGAAUUUCUUAAGCGCAAUUCUACCUCCAUACGGCAUCUGCUAUCAGGUGCCAAGAUGAUGUAUUUCCUGGACAGUUCAAGACAAGAGAAAGCUAUCACUAUUGCUACCAGACUAGACGAGACUGUGAGAGACAAAAAUGUGAAGACUUUAACAACGGUUUUGGAAUCCUUACUCGAUGGCAGCUUUGGAACAUGCCACACCCAGAGCGAGGAGUACCGGAUAGCAUGCAACAAACUCUUUCCCUUAGCAUCUGCCUUCAUGACGCCCACAAACGAAGAUGAUGCUUCCUUCGCGUCAAUGAAUCACAUGGCCAUUAAUCAUGGUGUACUGUCCAAUGAAAUUUAAAGCCAGAUCUAGAGGGCUUUCACCUCUUCCGGACUGGCUAAGUACGGAUCGCGUGGUCUUCGGCAGGACACGCUGGGUGUCACGCAGAGUCCGCGGAAAGCAGACGGACCGUGCGGCAAACUCCUUCUCCCUCAACAAGAGCUGCCAAUAUUUAUGUAAACACUUAUCUGAAUAAUACUAGUCAUGUUUAUACUUGUACAGUUACAAAUCUUUUUAUCCUAAAUCAUGGAGCCUGAAGAUUGACUAUUCACAUAAAUGUUGUUACAUAUACUGAUAAAUACAGCCAUUUCUUUAAACGCAUUUCAGAUGGCAAAAGUUGGCAAACUAAGAUGGAUGUAACGCUGCAUGCCGUAUCUAUUCUUUUCCGCUCCUUUUCCCCCUUUCUUUGUUUCGUUCUGUCUUUCUUCCUUUCAAAGCAUAAAUCCUAAUUAUAGGUGGUAGCAAUUUUCUUUCAAUAUAAAUUGUAUGGAAACAGUACAGGUUAAUUUGGAGGUAUUGUUUGUUUUUAAAUUGGUAUAUUAUUUUGAAAAAUGUGAUCUACUUUUCCCAUACCCAUUUGUUUGAACAGUUUAUUCAACACGUUAAAAACAUUCAGUACCCAUUAUAACUGGUUAGAUUCUUCUUUCUUUACAACUUGGCCAUUACGAAACAUUUUUCCACUUCAGAAAAGAGGGUUGGGAACAGGCAGUCUCAGAGAAUACAGUCCUAUCUAGAUAAUUCUGCUAUGAUGCUAAGCUCCUUUAAAAUUCGCAAGAAGUAAACUUCAGUUCCACUCUUCUUGAAUUGUCGUUGCUUUAUGAGCGAUAAAGCAAUUAGCAUUUAUGAUGUCCUUUUUGAAAACAAAGUGAGCACAACGAGUCUGACCACAAAUCACAGUUAAUCCUUUGUUCCUUGUACUCUGGUGCAUUAACCUGCCUGAACUGCACAUGCAGCACAUUUCAGUUCGACUGUCUCAUACAUCUUACUUCAGGAUGUACAUGGCUAUUAAUGUCAACUUCAUAUAAACCGCUCUGAAAACUUAAAAUACACUGUGGCUUGUACAGAAAUCCAUUUUCUGAAAAAUAAUGAAACCAGUUUGUUUCCAUGUUGUGGUUAAUGUAAAUAUUUAACUAAUAUUGCUUAGGCCCUAUGCAAAAGUCAAGAAGGGAAGUUUUAUCAAGAUGAAUGAUUAUCAUUAAGGCAGUUUCCGCUGUCAUCUGUUUAGGAUCAAUAGUUGAAUGAAAACUCACUGUAAAAUAAAGCCAACUGAUGUAAUGCUGUAAUAAAUUAUUUUGUACACA